AGAAGAGUUAGUCGGGCCACACCAUAUAGUUGGAGAGCCCAAUGAGCCUAAAUGAUUGGGCCAGAGGGAGCGGACCCACACAAGAAAACCAAGGCGCUUUCCCCUGCACAAGGAGGAUCACCGGUUGAUGGUGUGGGCCUGGCUGCCGGUUAGAAGAGGUCACGCAAGCACUGAACGAAAAUCCGGCGGGGAAUUGCUGUAGGGCUAUCCUGUAAGGGUAUGAUGGAAAACGAUGAGAUAAUUUGGGGAGACAAACUCAUAUUGAGAGGGUUGAAGUUCCAUGGCUUCCACGGGGUGAAACCAGAAGAAAAGAUAUUGGGUCAGAAGUUCUUGAUAGAUGUAGAUGCCUGGAUGGAUCUCAGGGCAGCUGGUAAAUCUGACCAGCUGUCAGAUACUCUUAGCUAUACUGAAAUUUAUCGCUUAGUUAAGGAGGUUGUUGAGGGACCACCUCAUAAUCUUCUUGAGUCAGUGGCUCAACAAAUUGCUUCUACCACCCUGACAAAGUAUCCUCAAAUAUCUGCUGUCCGUGUAAAAGUUGGGAAGCCUCAUGUUGCUGUUCAUGGUCCUCUGGAUUAUUUGGGAGUUGAGAUUUUCAGACGCAGAAUUGUUGAUGUUCCCAACUAAAUUACUAUACAAGUUUUGUAUUUGGUACUCCUUUAUCUCUGUUGUAUUUGCAGUUUCAAUUUUACUAGUACAAGUUGAAUUCAGUU